GCGCCGGUCUUUGGAGGGGGGGGUGGGGGCACCAACCCAAAACACAUCAGAUCGGAGCGGGGGGCUCAGUGGUACUAUAUAACCCCCCCCCCCCGAGACUAUGACUUCCAGUAAAAUUGAGAUGCCAGGGGAGGUGAAGGCAGAUCCUGCAGCUCUGAUGGCAUCUCUGCAUCUGCUGCCUUCUCCCACUCUCAACCUUGAAAUCAAAUACACCAAGAUUUUCAUCAAUAAUGAGUGGCAAAAUUCUGAGAGUGGGAGAAUAUUCCCAGUAUAUAAUCCAGCCACAGGAGAGCAGAUCUGUGAGAUCCAGGAAGCUGACAAGGUUGAUACAGACAAAGCAGUGAGGGCAGCUCGCCUCGCUUUUUCUCUCGGUUCAGUCUGGAGGAGAAUGGAUGCAUCAGAAAGAGGCCAUCUUUUGGAUAAGCUAGCAGACUUGGUUGAAAGAGACAGGGCAGUUCUUGCUACUAUGGAAUCACUGAACAGUGGCAAACCUUUCUUGCAAGCUUUCUAUGUAGAUCUUCAGGGAGUCAUAAAAACCCUGAGGUAUUAUGCUGGUUGGGCAGACAAAAUCCAUGGAAUGACCAUUCCUGUAGAUGGAGAUUAUUUUACGUUUACAAGACAUGAACCCAUCGGAGUGUGUGGACAGAUCAUCCCUUGGAACUUCCCCCUGCUGAUGUUUGCAUGGAAGAUUGCUCCAGCUCUGUGCUGUGGCAAUACAGUAGUUAUUAAACCAGCAGAACAAACACCACUCAGUGCUCUCUAUAUGGGAGCCCUCAUCAAGGAGGCUGGCUUUCCACCAGGAGUUGUCAAUAUUUUGCCAGGAUUUGGUCCAAUUGCUGGUGCAGCCAUAGCAUCUCAUGUUGGCAUUGACAAAAUUGCUUUUACUGGAUCCACUGAGGUUGGGAAGCUGAUCCAAGAAGCAGCUGGAAGGAGUAAUUUGAAGAGAGUUACACUGGAGCUGGGUGGGAAAAGCCCAAACAUUAUUUUUGCAGAUGCUGAUUUGGACUAUGCUGUGGAACAAGCUCACCAAGGGGUCUUCUUCAAUCAAGGCCAAUGCUGCACUGCAGGCUCACGGAUUUAUGUGGAAGAAUCAAUCUACGAAGAGUUUGUUAAAAGAAGCGUAGAACGUGCAAAGAGAAGAGUUGUGGGGAGUCCUUUUGAUCCAACCACAGAACAAGGUCCUCAGAUUGAUAAAAAACAAUACAACAAGAUCUUGGAACUGAUUCAGAGUGGCAUUACUGAAGGAGCAAAACUUGAAUGUGGGGGCAAAGGGCUAGGAAGAAAGGGCUUCUUCAUUGAACCAACGGUGUUUUCCAAUGUAACAGAUGACAUGCGGAUUGCUAAGGAGGAGAUUUUUGGGCCUGUUCAAGAAAUAUUGAGAUUUAAAACCAUGGAUGAAGUUAUAGAGAGAGCCAACAAUUCUGAUUUUGGGCUGGUAGCUGCUGUCUUUACAAAUGACAUAAACAAGGCCCUGACAGUCUCUUCAGCAAUGCAGGCUGGGACAGUCUGGAUAAAUUGCUACAAUGCCUUAAAUGCCCAAAGUCCUUUUGGAGGAUUCAAAAUGUCUGGCAAUGGGAGAGAGAUGGGUGAAUGCGGAUUGAGAGAAUAUUCUGAAAUUAAAACUGUGACAAUAAAGAUCCCUCAGAAGAACUCCUAAAAUGAUGAAGGACCACCCUGUGCAGAAGAGCACAUGAUGCCACCCUCUCUAUUGCUUAUGGAGACCAGCACUCAGGAAUAAAAAGCGUUACACAAUAUAUAUUUAAAAAAUUAA